GGUCGUCGCUUCUACUGACCGAUGACACAACAGAGAGUCCCUUCUGUUGCGGAAUUUCGUUUUAUUCUGUAGACUCAUGGGUUUUUUGUACAGAAAAUUGUUAGAGGUGACAAUACUCUAGAAGGUUCUAUUUUUAGUGCGGUCCAGGAGACCGUGCUUUGACCAAAAACACGGCCGAGUUAUAAAGAAAGCGGAGGUGGUGCGGAAGCAAUAUGGAUGUCGCUUUGAAACGCGGAAGUAUUAUGUAAAUAUUUACAAUGGAGGAAACGUUGAACGAUAACCCGUUGACAGACGAAUAUCAAACAGCGGAUAAUGAAGACGAUCAGGAUGAAACCAAGAACACUGAUUCUGGCCACAGAAAGAGGAAAAAGAACAAGAACAAGAAGAAACGUAAAUCUACAGCAGUUGCUUCAGUGAUGGGUGAGAGCUGUAGUGAAAAUGUACCGAGUAGUUCAAGCAAAGAUCAGCCUCCUAAUCCUACUGAUCAUCACUUGGCAAAGGCUGAAGUCGAAACAACAUGGCCACGUAAAGAUUCUUCCGUACAAUUUGACAGUACGCUCUCACCAGCUUUCAAGGAAGGGGAAGGCGACUCUAAUCAGGAAGGUAGCUCUAGUAACAAGAAAACAAAGAGAAAGAAAAAGAAAAAGAAGAAGAAACCUGAAGGGGCUGAUUCUGAUAAAUGCCUCGCAGAUGUUGACCCAGUUAAUUUACAAGAGCCAGUUCACGAAAUACGCGAUAAGCAUGAAGAGUUAGAGUAUGCAAAGAAGGAAGAUGUAGCUCUAGAGGUCGUCUCACAUCAACUCUUGCUGACCCCUUUGGAUGAGCAACAUCUAACUAAUUACCAGAAUCCAAACGCAGAGGAAGCAAGCUUUGUCUAUGCUAAUUCCACUGUGACGAAUCAAAAGAAAGAGGAAACGAGAAAAGGAAACGAAGAAGGGAACCCGCAAUCAGGUCGUGAAAAUGAAGCUGGCCUGGUAAAAGGCACAACUGCAGCAACUGCGGGUGAAUUGAAUAUUGAAAAAGACCAUUUGAAAGCAUUCCCAUUACGUGAACCUAAAGAACCAGCCUUAUUAAGUGACUCAGCCGAGCCAAUUCAGGAAACUAAUGAAGGAAAUACAAGACAAGCAAAUCGCGAAGAGAGGAACAUUAUGUGCAUUUUCAAGCUUGUCUACGGAGUUGGUCUGAGAGCACUUCGCAAUUUGUUCAUGGAUAUCAAUCCCCUGUGGACAAAUGAACCAUCGGAUGCUGCUGGGGUCGACAGAGGGAAGAUGAAACUCACCAAAGAGGAAGAGGCAAGCUUCAAUAAAGGAGACAUAAAAGAAUGGGACUUUUCAUUGAUGACAAAAGUACUUCUCAACUCGAGGAGAUGUGCAUUAGAAAUAAGUAAAAGACCUGACUACACCCGUGCUUUGCAGGAAUUGAGAAUUGCCCGAAACAGAUUCCUCGGACAUCCUUCCACAGAGUUAAUGUCCGAUGACGAUUUCAAUACCUUAUGGCCUCAUUUAUCAAGUAACUUUGUCGUUCUUGGUGCUAAUGAAAGUGAUGUCGCAGACAUAAUUCACCAGUCAGAUGAGGUUCUUUACUCUGGAGAAUGCUACAAGCAGUUGUUCUUGACGGAACACGCAUGGUUCGUUAAUCACGAGAAGAAGCUGGAUACAAUGGACGUCAAACUUGGAGCGAUGGACAAAAAACUGGAUAUAAUUAUUGCACAGCAACCACCUAAGAGUCUCGCUAAAGCUGCUGCCAGUCCCAAAGAUCUAAGUGGUCCCAACUGGGAUGAGUAUCUGAAAUUCUGUGACAUGGUCGGGAAUUUCGAAUCUCACCAAAACCAAUACAUCCUUGUGACGGACUCCCUUCCAUCUGAAGAUCUGGAGCACUUUUCAAUUUUGAGAGGUGUAACGUGGAAAAUGGUGUUGGAUUUUGACCCCAUGUCUGAAGAGAAAGGAUUCUAUCAUGAAUUUACGUCAAAGGAAGGGCAAAGCAACUUGGUUACCAUGAUAACUCCUGCAGAGCUGAGGAAAAGCUCCAUGGGAAGUCUGCUUCGUCAACUCGAUCCUCAGAAGACGCAAUGGCUUUUCGUCAAUGGAAGGCAAAGUGACACCGAGGGAAGUGCACAGUUGUUUCCGGAUUGGGAGGCUACUUCAGUAAAACAUAUCAGUAGGCUGUUUGGAUGUUAUUCUGACCCUGACAAGUUUGACAAGCAAAAGCCUAUCGUAUGCGUCAUCCUCCCAUUUCGCGAGAAGAGUCUACCCUUCUUGGAGGUAACAUUGAGUCGCCUCAUCGAAAACUUUGACGAAUUCAAGGUGCAAUUUGUUUCGUUUAAGCACAAGUUCUGCCACCUGAUCUCACGAAAGUUUGAGGUUCGACAUUUUGAUUUAACCCCACAACUUGUUAGUCUGGGACUCUCAGAAAUGCUCAGCGCUUCAGCAACUCAAGAAUAUCGCAUGCCCUCUUCGCAAGCUGGCAUUUCUGCAAGACUCACCCAGAAUGAGUUCCUGUACCUCAAAGAACACCUUCAAGUCCUUUAUGAUGGAUGUGAAGACCUCCCAGAAUUCUCACAUGAUCAAGCGGAAACGCAAAAUUUUUUCGAAGAACACAGAAAGUCCUUUAUUUCAGGAAAUCUUAUCUCACUUGUUAGUCUUUACGACAAUCACGAUGCAAGAAGACAAAUUGAGACGGAUAUUCGAAACCACGUUCAACGUCUCCUCGAUCAAGGUUUGACACGAUCAGUGAUUGUAGAAAUUAGACACUCACCUGGUACAGGUGGCUCCACUAUAGCGCGUCGUGUUAUGUGGGACCUUCACAGAACCUACCCCUGUGCAAUUCUGGAAAUAAUGACUUCUCGCUAUUAUUUCGAUGAAGACAACAUGUUAUCCACCAAAUUUGCUGACCGCAUUUCAGCAUUAGAGGAACUUUGCCAUACGUCGCCUUUGAUCCUAAUUGACGGAAAACACUCUGGAUUGAUUGAAGCUCUUUCAAACAAACUCGUACGAAUGCUCUGCAACAAAGGUAAACGAGCCCUGUUAUUACGCUGUAAACAUGGAUCAAAGUCAACCAAAAAGGCAACCCAGGAGUCUUCUCAUGUUCACCAUGUAUUUGAUGUGAACGUUAAGCUUGAGGAUUCGCUCUCUGAUCUAAACGAGUUUCAAUCCAAGUACAAAGAAUACAUUGCUCAGUCGUUAAGUGGGAAUCAAGGGCAGAAGCUGUGCCGUGUCUUUCAUUUCCCCCUACUUGCCAUGAUGGAAGAGUUUCAGCCCAAGCUAAAAGGGAUAAUUGAAGACACUCUGGACGAAAUGGGAGGCAUCCAACAAGAAAUAGCAAUGGUCGUGGCUUUCUUGCAAAAAUACGCAAAUCAUGUAACACCAGCCCUCCUCCUGUAUGAAGCAUUUAAAGGGUACAUUCGCGUCUCCAGUGACACGCCUAUUACCUAUAAAGACAUCAAACAUCUGUUUACAGAGCACUUGCUCAAUCUGAUGGUGCCUACAGAUCCUCCUAGGCCAAAGGAAGAAAAAGCCAAAGGAAGAAAAAGUAUAACAGAGAAAGCGCCGCUCGAAUGUUACACUCUUCAGCAUCCGCUGGUUGCGGAUUUGGUUCUGAAAAAGGUUUUACAGGUCCAGGAGUGUGAUCUCUUUGGAAUAGUGAACAAGUUCCUUCAGUUACCUAUUUACCAGCACGAAUGCUUCGUUCCCCUAUUUGAAGAGCUGUUUCUCCACAACAAGUAUGGGCAAAAAAUCAAGUUUUCAAUUUUGUUUGAAGAGCUCAAGCGUAUGGAUUCAGAGCACGCGGCAAGAAUCUUCUGUGAGGCUGCUGUGAAGACAAAUGACGCCGCUGUAUAUGCUAACGCAGCAAGAUUUCUCGCUAAGAAGGAACCACCGUCGUUUUCGAAAGCAAAGUAUCUCAUUCAGUGUGCUUUUAAAGCCAACAAUUCAAAAGUACGCAUGCGUAGCUUGUAUCACACCAAAGGCCCCGUUCUCUUCCAUGAAAUGAAGCGUGAGAUUCACUCUGGCCUAGUAAAAGAUCUAAAGAAGCUCGAAGACCUAGCCAGUGUAGUACUAAAGGCUUAUCACGAGGCACGAAACUUUCCACCAACCUAUCCUCAUCCUCUAAUUGGUGAGGUUGAAGUUUGGCUAGCUUGUAUCGAAUGGAUUAUGAAAAAUCCUUGCAAUCGUGACUCUAAUCGAACCUUGAAAUUUCUUACCAACCAAUCACCAUCUUUCUUCCGGACCUGCGUCAGUGACUCAUUUAAUCUACUGGAUGUCGUGGAUGAAAUCUGCCAGAGUGUCCCUAACCUUACAGAUGCCGAAGAAACUCAGCGACUCAGUAACAGUGCUCGAUUGCCCCUAAUUUCUAACUUCAAAAGAGGACUUUCAGUAACUGGACGACAGCGAAAUGCAGAUGAUUUACUUGAAGCUUGCAAAGCAUUGUGUAGUACUCCUAACUUCCCGAGAUCUUCACAAGUAGAGCUGAAGAAGCUUCAAGCCCACUUUAUUCUGAGUGGCGAUGAUCCAAUUGACUCUUUAAACCGCGAGAUCCUCGAGUAUUUGUUGAGACUUCUGGAGGAUCUAGUGCUGGCAGAGAACGAUUAUAGGCUCGCAUACCAUCUGAUGAAGGUUUGUGUCUUGGUGACUGGGAAAAGAUGUUACAGUCUUGAACAAGGUCUUACUGUUUGCGAGAAGUGGUGCGAUGCAUAUCCUCACGAUUGCCUCCCUUACUUUUACCAGAUGACCAUCUACUUUUUACAGAUUCUUGAUGGCAACUCACUUGAAUUUACACCAAAGUACACCAAAGUAUUGAGGAUGUGCCAAGAGAAGUCCCAGAACCAUUUUCGAAGCACUCAGUCGACGUUGUUUGUUGGGAAAGGAGGGCAAGGGAUGUCCCGUCUUAUCACUCGCAAUACGCUACUGCGAGGGGAAACUGACUAUGUUACAGACGACUCCGAUAAAGUUACAAAGUUUUGGCGGGUGGAUAGUCGAAAAAAAUUGUUGGAAUGCAAGGGAAGAAUACGUGUCUCAGAACAGUCAUCCGGUCGUCGGAAGAGCCAUCCUCAUAUUGAAUUGGUGCAAGGAAAUCUUAAGCUCUACGUCGGGAAAAACGCAGACAUCGGCAAAGUAGAAAGAGACUUCAACUCGGGAACGUUGGUGUACUUUGUCGUUAGCUUCAAUCUCCAUGGUCCGGUUGCCAACGGGAUCACUUUCAUACCACAAGAACCAUCAAACGGUUGACAGAAGUGUGGGGAUCAAUAGAUUGAAGGAGGCAAUAGUGGAAAACGCUGGUCAAAUAUAGUAGAACAGUUAAAUUAGCUCCUUGAGAGAACUAAAAAAAUCUUGUAACUUCUUACUUCUUUGACGGCCUCAUGGUUUGGCAGGUGUUUUGCAUGAUAGAUGACUAUCAAGUGCAAUUCCCAAACUUGACAGUAUUCGUAAACACAGUGCAUCCAUAUUCUAAUAUUUAUAAACGUAAUUUGUUUUAAUUUUGUCAAAAGUAAUCUCUGUAUUAAUAUUAUGUCAACAAGUGGGGUGUGGAAUCACGUCUCAUCUUUAAAGAGGGAAAUGAGAUUUUCUUUUAAACCUGGAAAGUAGCAGACGCUUUAUAAUUUUUACAGUUUUGAUGUCAUUUUCGAUUUGAAUAACUUUCUUUUUAUAAUCGUGCCCUAUUGUGGUUUUUUCUGGAUUAUAACCAAUCAGCAUUCCGUAUAGCUUUCAUAAAGCAUUUUUGAUUCAGCUCUGAACUUAGCUUAAGGUAUGUGCUUCAUCAGAAUGUAUUACCUGAUUUGACCGUAGGAUGAGCUUAUUCUCAUGAAAUCUGAAUUCCCUGAAAUUGGCUAUCCUUAAAAAAGGCUGCAGUUGUGACAAAAAUUCUGGGAAUCAGAGACUGAGAGGGAGUAGAAAAACGGUCCCAAUUUAUUAGCUACGGUAACCAUCAGUCCCUCGGCGUGUGUUAUUGUCAUUACCAAGUAAAAUUCGAUUUUUUCGGUGAAGAAAAUGGACAAAAACGUCACUUUAUCUAUACUUUUGCGACUUCUACUAUCAUUGUCCGGUAAAAUAAAAAAUGGCCUAUCAUCCUUUCUCCCCCACCGCCUUUAGAUGUCAGGCAAGUGGGGAGGCAACUUUAGAAAAAAAGCUCUUUUUCGAUUGCCAAGAUUGGAGUACUUUAGGCUCGCACUUGGUCAAAAUUAGAGAUUCCAUCAACAGCGGAUCCUGUUUUAUCUCAGGAUGGUUACCAUCAAGAAACGAAAGCGUAAGUUUUAAACUUCGUUUCAAAGUGAUUUAAAGUCUUACAGUACAUGGGGUCCUAAUUGGAUUUAGAGUAACAGAGCUGGCUACUCAACUCAGCUGAACCUCCUAUUCAUUGGAAGAAAAAACGCUAAAAUCGAUUCAUAGCUGAGGGAAAAAGUGAAAAAAAAAAAAAAA